AAGGGGUGUAAAUGUAAUUAUUGGUAUUCCAAAGGGCAUUUGGUAAAGAGGUUGGCUUAUAAAUAGCAAAGAAAGGCAGGCUAAGCUGCUGAUGUAUUCUCAGCCAAUAGAGGAAACUUAGACAACUAAACAGAGAACUAACAUAAACACAAAGAAGAUGAUCAAAUUUUACGGCGAAAAACACAACCACAAUAUCAUUGUGAUGUUGGUUAUUGCAGCUCUAAUAUUUGCUUCAAUGAUGGUAGUCUCUGAAUGUCGCCCCAUCGACAGCAAAGAGGCAGAAGAAGAAGAUGAUAACAAUGAGAGCCUUGAGAUGAAGUGGGCACUCGACAAGACGAGCACAGAUGAAGAUGUUGGGAUGAAAUGGCCAUUUGAUAUAUCGAACAGAGAUGAAAUAGUGCAAGUAGCUGGGUAUGGCGAGGAGAAACUCUCCACAGUUUUAAUCACAGGCACAGUUUUCUGCAGCAAGGCUUGUUUUGCAUCUAGACAGAGCAACCAACAGCUGCUUCAGGUUUCACCAAUGCCUAUCUCAGGGGCCUUGGUAGGUGCUAAGUGUCGUACUGACAAAAGAGACAAAAGCCCGAGUUGGACUAAAGCUGUUACUGAAAAAUAUGGAGAGUUCAUAAUUGAUCUUCCCUCACAUCUCCAUUCGAUCCAAAACUUGGAAAAAAUGUGCUCAGUUACAAUCCUAGAACUACCUAUUGAUUCACCUUGCCAUGAUUCAGUUUAUGUCGGAAUAUACAGGGAUAUGGAGCUAGCAUCUUUUGGGAAUGGAAUCCGAACAUACACUACAGGAAGGAUGGAACUUCUGCAUACAAUGUCUGGAACUUCACAAGCUUGCACAAAAGAACAGAAGGAUGAGCAGGAGAUAUCAUGGUAAGUGGAGUUUCAAAGUAAAGGGUAUGAUGGCUCAAUCGGAUGGCGCUACAGUCACAGCAAUGAGUCCAAGGUUUCGACCUGCCAAAUUAUUUGCUUGAAUUCGAAAAGCAGCAAGGUUUAAAUAAAAUUUCAAAAGCAAAAAAGAGAUUGUGAAAUGUACCAAGUACAGCUCAACGAAAAAAAAAAACAUGAUAAAACGUAUAUGAUAUACCCUUAUGUAUAUACUUCUAUUACAUAUUUACAUGUAUAUAUAAGUAAUUUUUGUUGGGAUUUUAUAGCCUUAUAGGUGUAUCAUAUACUUCUAUAUCAUAGUGAUUCUCAUACGAUCUUUCUUAAACACAUAACAGGAGUCAAAAUACUUUUCAUAGAAAAUAGUAGUAAUUGCUACACACUUGAACAAAGAAAUGUACAAAGGUUGCUCUAGGAACUCAGUUUAAUACUUAUACUUCGAAACGUUAUAAGAGAAUUAGAGAAAUCCCCAAGUAAAUAUAAAGCAAAUGUUAUUAGGCAAUGGCAUAAGAUCCCAUUUCAAUACCUGGAGAGCAUCAGGAAUUCGGAGCAUUAUUCUGCUUGGUUUCAGUUAAUAUAUACUUGGCAACAUCAGCACAACAAGUAAGCUUAUCAGCUUUUUCCUCGGGAAUUUCAAUGGCGAACUCCUCCUCAAAAGCCAUAACAAGCUCCACCCUAUCCAAGCUGUCCAAGCAUAGAUCCUUUUUAAAAUUUGCUGUUUCGGUUACCUGAUCGAAGGAGAAACAGUACGAGUUUAAUUAGAUAGAUAAGUACAUAACACUUAUAAUAGAGUUCUACACAGAGACCAACCUUAGCAGCAUCAGUUUUAAUGUAUUUCUUGACCAAGCCAAUCACUCGAUCCAUAAUCUGGUCAUCACUGUUACCCAUCGUAGUGCAGAGUUGUCUGCCAUAUAUGUGCAGUGGGCUACUAUUUUCAGUAAAAAACCAAUUUCUCAAA